UGAAAGUUUAAAAAUUUUUUUUCAAAAAAAUUAGACAUGAAAUUAUUACGGGCAUUAAAAUGGCCAGUGAAUAAAUGUUAUUGAAAAUGUUCUGUCAAGUUUUGUACCGGCGAAAUAGCUGCAAGCAUUGAACUUCCUAGAUCGUGAGGUGAGUAGGUGAGGUGAGGUAAGCUAGGUGCAAUGCAAACGUGCACAGGAAACGAUGCAAGCGCGGUACUCCACUAACCGGCGCGCGCAACUUCUUAUCGGGCUUUCAUUCGCUAAGCGGUUUUCCAUUCGCGCAUAUAUCUACCACUUAUAACUUGCGCUAUUAUUAUAUACUAUGUUAUUUUAUUUACCACAAACAUAAUCACAUAUAACUACAUAUAUAUAUAGGUAUACUAAAUAUGUCAAAUAAAAUGAUUCAUAAAUUUUAACAUCUUUUUUACUUCAAUAAAUCGAACCCACACAGAGAAAUCAUCCUCAUUUAAAAUGCUGUGAUGUCAUAUAAACAUGCAAAAAUUACUAUGCCCGUAGUGAAAUUUACAUGAGUUACAGUAAUUUGUAAUAUAAUCGUUGCCAAUUUUAGUAUAGCCAUUUUGCAAUAUGUUCAUUUCAAUUUCUGCAGUUGGCUAACGCGAUCCGGUUUUAGUAUAUGAUACCAUGGCAUUUCAAACAAGAAUAAUUAUUCCGUACGUGAAAAUAAAAAAUGAAGUAUGAUAUUUUUUAAAACAUUCCAAUAAUCAUAAAGCAAAUUACAGGCAACAAAAGACAUGUUUUAUCAAAAAAAAGUAUAUAUGUGUAAUCUUUGAAGGUGGUAUCAAUCUUAAUUCAUAUUAUCUCGUACAUUUUUUGUUUACUUCUUUUUCAAACACUCAAGUCUCUUAAAUGUGAGGACAUAAAACUCAAUUGUUUGCCCUAGAUUAAUUAUCAAACUUCAAAUAUAACGUAUUAUCAUUUAAAUGCCAACGAAACAUUCAAAUCUUUCGUAGUAUGAAACUCUUAAUAAAAAAAAUGGUAGCGUUGAGUAUAAAAUAUAUUUUUAACGUCACCCGAAAAAAUAUCGUUGGUAUUUUAAAAAUACACUGAAUCUUUUAUCAAAACGGAAACUCGGAGGUUAUUUUUAAAUUUAUAACAAAAUGGAGCUCAUAAAAUAUUUAUCGUCGACAGUUUAAAUUUGGUUCGAUAUUAAGUUCAAAUAAGUGUUGGAAAUUCAAAUUUCAAUGCCCCCAGUCGAUAAUAAACCUUAUCAAUAGUCUUUAUAUAGCGGCCUCGGAAAAAACUAUUAAGAUAUAAUUCAAUAAUCUUAAAAUAACGUACAAUAAAAAUUGAACUUUGGUAUACAAAAAUAAAUCUAGAAUUAAUGAGUAUGUAUUUUUAAUCAAAUUUACGAUACAUUCAAAGAAUUUCUUAAUAAAAUAACAGUUUAUUGUUGUUAUAUUGAACCCAUAGUAUUUCGGAGCGUCAAAAUGUCUGACACGCACCAAUGAUACGUGGGCGUCGUUACAUAACUUCCUAUUACUGUUACUAUAUUCUACUACGAUCACUCUGCCAUCUCCAUCGACAACGAAACUCAUCAAUCAUCAGCAACCAGCAGAUAAUUAACAAGGCCAUUUCUUUGACCACUUCCUCGUGUUUCUAAAAUGUCAAUUCCAAUUCUCCGAAUUCCUCAACCGAAAAAAUAGCGCUGAGAAAAUUUCAUUUCUAAAUCUUGGUCAUUUAUUUCAACGGACUUAUUUAUAGUACAAGUUUUUUGAUCGUAACAAAAUUAGGCCGAUGAAUGACAGAACACACCUUCAAAUUUCAAUGGUUAGUAAAAACAUGAGCUGAUUUUAAAAGCCAAUCAUUGAGUAAAAAAAUUUAAUUGCCUUAGAAUGAGACAGAGAGUUAAUGACGAAGCUUCGGGAAUGAUAAAAUGAUAGCAUAUCAACAAAAUUUCAUAUGUAUGUGUAUAUAUGUAUGUAUGUAUAUAUAUGUAAAAAUAAGUGAGAGCUGACAAUAAAUAGGGUGGGGACGAAAUAGAGGGGUGGGAAGGAAACCAAUCGUCGACAACGAGCGCGUAAGACCAACUCGUCGUCCGCGUUCAUGACCCCCGGUCUCUUCGCGCGGUUUACUCGCGGAUAUUUCUAUUCUGGUGGGGGAGAGCUCGCGUCGAAGGAGCUAGAGGGUAAUUUAAUAUGGGAAUGUGCCUCUAUAUACUAUCCCCAUGUAGAGGGAGAUCAGCAAAAACAUAUUCUCCACACAAAUCCGACGUCCACUAUUAAUAAAUCUCUCCCUCUUUAUCCCAUUCUCCGCAUCUCUCACUUUUUCUUUAUCGUUCACCCGCUCUCCUCUUCUUCCAUCUCACUUGCUCUGCUUCUAUCUCUGUCACUAUCACGAUCUCUAUCUCUGUCUCUACCUCUCUUUCUCUCCCGCUUUGUUCUUUUUAUUUCAAAUUCAAAGAGUAUUUUAUAGCUCGUAGAUGACUCACGCAUGCGCCAAAUGAUACGAGUUACAUGUAUACGAGUAUAUAAAGCAAGCCAAUUCCUCUGUAGCCGGUCGAAUCAUUAACCGGUUUCCUUGGCAACACUCCCGGACCUAAACCAUUGGUUGGCUGGUUACUUAUCCCUACUCAUUCUACUUAUUCUAUAUUAUUGUUGGAUUACAGUACGUAAUGUACACUUGUACACCAACUCAACACACACUGAAAUCCACGUCCCUACAAUGCUUCAGACAACACACAGAUACACUUUUGUGUCAGAUAAACACGAGAUGUGUGUUAGCUGUGCGAAUAGUUUCACGACCGAUUUCUCGGCAGCCUUACAACGAGAAACCAUCAGGCAAAAUUAAUACUGCGCUCUAAUUACAACUUUUUUUUAAAUCAUCCAGCCUUGCAUCAGGAAAGCCCGUGGAUUUUCAAAAACCCACAGUUCAGUUACUUGACCAUCUAAUCAGCAAACACAACUUUAUUUUUGAAUAAUUGCCUUACAUAUCAUCCAAACAAUACACAAUGGGUUUAGUUCUAAUUCUUGGAAACUAUGCCAUCAUUUUUUAGCCUGUCACCUUUAGUGUUGGGCAUUCAAAUUUUUUAGUCGAUAUAAAUAUAGAUGUAGGUAUAUACGAAGAUGAAGAUGUAGAUAUAGAUAUAGAUAUAGAUAAUAGAGCGCUGAAUUUGAAAAAGACUAGAGUUUAAAAUAUAACUGAUGGCUCAGCUCGCAUCCGAUAGGCUGAAGAUUUUCACCGCGAUACCUACCACCCAAUUCACGGCUAACGAAGGUUUUGUGUGUUAGUGUAAUAUGUAUAUAGGUAUACAUUGAGGACGGGGAGUGUAAACGUGGCCACAGACAGCUGUGCCAGGUGCGUAUGUACUAUUUGUACCAUUGCCCUAUUUAUUUAUCAACUCUUGCGAAUAAAACUAAGACAAUAAAUUACAAAUAAUCGUAAUCCCUCUCAUCCGCUUAAAUAAUUAAUCCUUUAAUCGUCUAGACUAAUUUUAAAAAAUUAGCGGGAAAUUUUUUUAUUUGAAAAUUCAAAUUUCUUGGAUCGUAAUCAGGCAGAUUAUGGAAAUAAUUUUAGUUUUUGGUUUUGUAGCAAAGUAAUUUGAUGAAAAGCAGUGACGUACAUGCGGCUCCGAAAUUCUAACGUUACUAAGUAUUUUUUAAAAAAUUUUUUUAUUUUUGUGAUGAUUAAGAAUUUUUAAAUGAGUAAUUUAUCGUCUGAGUAAAAUAGUUUUUUGAUGAAUAAUAAUCAAUAUAAAAUAAUUAAAUAAAUGCAAGUACUUGAAGUAAAUUAUUGGUACAUCCCUGGGUGGGAAACUAGUGUGUUAGUCUGUACAAGUGUUCUGUGCAAAGUACUCGUGUGUUAGUGACUCUGUAGAAGGGAAUGAAAUGGAAGAGAAGAGAGAACAGAAUUUCGAAAGAUAGAAAGGUAUAGAGAGAGAGAGAUAGAGAGAGUAAACAAAAAAAAGAAAAGCCAAGCCUGGAGCAUCGUACGUGUGUUCGGUAACGAUUGAAUGGUUCUCUUGUGCGCGUGUGUUCGUGCUUUUAUAUGCAUGCGCUUUCCGAGGGCGCAUUAUAAGAAACACAAGUUGUUAGCGCGAGUUGUAGAGAGACAGAAACCUCAGACUGCGGGAGCGCAACAAGGAUCAGAGGAGAGAGAGAACCAAGAGGGACAGAGCUAGUGAAUGGCCCCGCCUUUCUUGGCGAUCACGAUGCCUCUGGGAUUUGUCCACGUCGGACCAAUGAACGUGACGAUGUGCCUGGCAUGAAUACGCGGGGUGCACGUUCAGUAAAGGAGAGUGAGCCAACCUCGGUAUAGAAUAAAUGACGAGUUCUACUGGCAGAGUGGGAGUAAUGGAGAGCUGAUGGGUUGUGGGGUAAGAGGAGCAAGGGGCGUAAUUUUACAAACUCGAAGUAGGGAACAGACAGAGCGAGUCGACAGUGCUGGCAAUGCUCACGGUAACAACACUACGUAAUAUUUAGUCGCGUGUUAUUAUAUAUUUAUAUGUUAUCUUAACCAAAAUUCCGGGAAAAUCGAAUUUUAAAAAUAGUAGUUAUCAAAGUAUCAGUGAGUUUGAAUUUACUGUAGACUGUUAAAGUUUUUAUGGUUAAAAGUGUUGUGUCAACAAUGAUGUUAAUUCAUUGGCGUGAUUUAAAACGUGUCUAGGUGUGACUGCGCAAUCGCCAUCUGCAUUAAAUUUUUCCAUCUAAUAAUUAACGGAGAGAAAGAAUUAUAUAUAAGGACUGUAAUUAGAUGAUGAUAAACACCCUCGAGAUGCAGCAACAGAAUGUUCAGCAGCAACAGCUCCAGCAGCAGCAGAAUCAGCAGCCACAGCAGACUGGUCAGCAACAGACAACACAGUCACAGCAGCAGCAGCCGCAACAGCAGCAGAGUCAACAAGACAACCAUGGACAGCAAGUGACCCAGCAGAUUCAACCGCAGCAACAAAUACAACAGGUAUCUGUUCAGCAGCAGCAACAACCGCAAAACCAGCAGCAAGGAAAUGCUCAGCACAAUGUCACUCAGGUUCAAGUCCAGUCCCAAGUUGCCGCGAGUAUGCCGCAGCAGCUUCAGGGGGCGGUGGCGGUGUCAAUGCAGCAGCAUCAGCAGCAGCCGGGUGUAUCGAUGGCGCUGGCGGGUCAGCAGGGUGCAACGACGAUCACCACGAUGGCCGCGCAUCCUCAAGCUGUCCAAGUCAUCCAACAGCCCAUGCAGAGUGGAGCUUAUCAUCUUCAGCAGCUGUACAAUACUCAGGGAACUCCGAUGUUGCUGCCAGGGAACUUGGCCCUUCAUCCAGCGAAUCUCAACCCAUCGUCAAUCCAAGUAAUCACUGCCGGUAAACCUUUUCAAUCAGCUGGUCAGUUGACUCCACAUAUGCUGACAACUGCUUCGACUCAAGGGCAACCUGGUGGCCAUGGAGGUCAGGGAGGUAAGGUUCAGGGUUUUCCAGCAGGUUAUUUACCUGUUCCAACUUCUAACCCCGGUGGUGGUCAGACACUGGUCUUUGGGCAGCUUGGAGUUCUUGGUUCACCUCAACCUCAGCAGUCGCUGCAGCAGCAGCAGCAACAACAGGGAGGAAACAAAGCUGAUCAAGUACAAAAAUACACAACAUGUGCAGCUGGUGGACAAAACGCAGCACGAGGGGGUGGUAUGCAAUUCGCACCAUGGCAAUUCACACCACAAGUUGCUUGGGCUGGUCUACAGCCACCCGGCACAACACUACUUGCCGCGCCAAAUCAGAUUUUUAUCAGAAGCCCUACGCAACCGGAAAUGUACAUACAGAGUCCUCAGCCAAUUCAAGCUCACAAUGCUAUAGCAACGCAGCAGCAGCUACAGGGUGUCCAACAAAUAGCUGCUGCCAGCGGAAAGCCAAGAGUUAUGGACAUACAGCAGCAACCCCAACAACCGGGUAAACAAGGUGGUAGUGGUCAGCGUCCUUUGAGUAUUCUACCAUCAUCACUUCAAGGAGUUCAGGGAGCAAACAUACGACCCGCCAGCUCGGUCUCUACUCAAACAGUCCACGGAGUACAGACUACGGUACAAACACAGAGCGGCAAGGGCAGUGGGAGUGGCGGUAAAGGCCGUGGUAAGCCGGUGGUUCGCACAAGUCCCGGAACAAAUGCCUCACAAGGCACAACAAAAGCCGAUGCAGCCAAUCAAACGAAAUCUAAUGUUCAUCACGCCACAAUGAUAAUGCAACAACAGCCCAAUGCUACAAAUAAUAACGGAAACAGUAACAAAGUACUUAUAACAACGAAUUCACCGGUGGUUACUUCUGCGCAACCACCUGGCUCACCUAUGUCCACUGCUGACAAACAAAACUUUGGGCAACAAAACAAAACAGUAAUGCAAUCACCACAACAGCAACAACAGCAGCAGCAGGCCCAGCAACAAGCCCAGCAGCAGCAACAGGCCCAGCAGCAAGCGCAAGCCCAAGCUCAAGCUCAGGCCCAGGCCCAGGCGACGAUGCAGCCCCAGUACCAGCAGAUGUUCAUGCAACAGAUGCAGCAGUUGCAGCAGCACCAGCAACAACAAUUGCAGCAGCAGUUCCAGCAGCAGCAACAACAACAACAGCAACAGCAACAACAACAGCAGCAACAGCAGCAGCAGCAACAACAACAGCAACAACAACAACAGCAGCAGCAAGCCCAAUCCACCCAGCAACAGAUACAACCGAAGCCACUGAUGGGUAUGUCACCUCAACGUUUUUCCUACCCUCGUUUCAUGAACGGUGGCAUUAACUUAGGCAUGUGGUGUCCAGGCAUGGCUAUCCAGCCAUCCCAGCAACCGCCUGGCGUCGUUCUUGGUACCGAAAGACCCAUCAUGCCGGUAGUGUCAAUGGGUGGAGUUGGGGUUGGAGUUGCAACCACAUUACAAAUGGGCCAGGUACAGCAGCCUUCUAUGCCUGCAGUACAGCAGCUUCCUAUGCCCGCCCUUAAUCCAGCAAUAAUUGGCAACCAGAUGGUUGGAGGCACGCCGCAGGUUCAGGCGAUGCCCAUUCUUACUCAGCCAAGUGAAGUUCCCGCUCCGCCUCAGGACAGCGCUACGACUCCUAUGGUAGUCGCCGCUGAUCGCAAUCAGAGCGCGGAUUGCCCGGUGGUGCUGCAGCCUUGCGCUACUCCCAGCGCCACUGAGGAAGCAAGACAGACUCCCAAGAAAGACGACGAGGCUAAAGAACCAGCAACUAGUCAAGACGUCGAAGUCAAACCAACGGCUAAAGAAGAAAACUCGACCGCUAAAGCUGAUGAUAAACUUUCCAAUAAUCCGCUAGUUAAUUUAGCGAACGCGGUAAAUUCAAUAACCAACGGAAUUGCUGAUGAACCAGCGAACGCGGUGACGACUCCGACAUCCAGCGGCAAACAAGCUUUGCCUAAGGCUCUUGUCAAACCUCAAGUUCUCACCCACGUCAUCGAAGGUUUUGUCAUCCAAGAAGCUUCUGAGCCGUUCGCCGUAAAUCGCUCGACGCUCAACGGAUCAGUCACCCAAGACUCGACAAUUUUGAAUAGAAAUAACAACAACAUAAACGAAAAAGAUGCCCAUGAAGAACCUCCAAGUAAGAAAAGAAAAAAACACUCGGCUAAUUAUUCAAAUGAAAAUGAAGCGACAACUAAAUGCGAGGCCUGUGGCAAUGUCUUUGAUGAACACACGACUAAAUUCAAAAAGGACAAACGUUUCUGUUCAUCAAUCUGUGCAAAAAGCAAAAAGCGGGAAACACGUGACCGCGAGGCUGCAGAUAAACAGUGGACGGAUAUGGAUGUUGAUACCAAGAAAAAUGAUGAUGGAGCCAAGAAAAAUAUUGAAGAAAAAUCUGUUACGCCUAUUGAAGAUCUUACGCCUAAAAUAAAUCCUAUUAAAUGGACGGUAAAUGAAGUCUGCGACUUUAUUCGAAAUCUUCCCGGUUGUUCAGAUUACGCUGAAGAUUUUGCGAUUCAAGAAAUCGACGGUCAAGCUCUGAUGCUACUGAAAGAAGACCAUCUGAUGUCUGCGAUGAGUAUAAAACUCGGACCAGCAUUAAAAAUAGUUGCUAAAAUAGAUUCUAUGAGAAUUGAUAACAGUGUCAGCACAUCCCCCACGUCUAACAGCUCAUAAAUAUCCGCUCCGUCCCGGACUUUAUUUAUUAAGUUAUCACUAACUAUAACUAACGAUUAAACGAAAUUAGAGUAACUACUGUGUUCUGUUAAAUAAUUGAAUUUGACUAUUCAAUUAUUGACUCGUUAACAAAUAUCCUGUACAAACCGAUAAGCGUAAGAUUAAUAUCGAGACAAGACAUUUAUAGUAUACGGUACUCAUGUCCGAUAAAAAUAUAUACAUGAUACAUUAACAUAUAAAUAUAAAUACUUAUUAAGCUGUAAAUACAGUAGUUUAAUUGUCUAAUUACUUAAGACUCAUGAACAAACAAUAAAUUAUUUACGCAAUUGUU